UUUUGGAUAGCAAUAAAGCAGCGAGUGUCCCCUGACCCUCUGCUACGCCUACUACUCAGCUCCUUCAACAACGAUGACCACACGGUCCCAUCUCCCAAUUCAAACCUUCCUUCUCAUAUCUCAAUCCCCGAAACCAUCCAAAACUCCAUCCUCCUCCCUCUCUCUCCACAGGCAUUCUCUUCCCACCUCCACCUCCGACGCCGGCAUCCUUUUCCGCGAGAAAAUAAUCUACCUCGAGAACCUCAACGUUAAUUCCCACAAGGCCCUCCGAUUGAACCCAAAUUUCCGCUCCGCCCCUCUCUCCUCCCUCGUCUCCGUCGAGCACUGCCUCUUCUCAUUCGGUAUCGCCCGUUCAGCCAUCGGCCGCAUCCUCGACAUGCACCCCCAGCUUCUCACCUCCGACCCUCACUCCGACCUCUACCCCAUCUUCGAUUUCCUCCUCAACGAGGUCUCCAUCCCCUUCCUGGACCUCUCGAAGUCCAUUAUCCGGUGCCCCAGACUUUUGGUCUGCAGCGUGACCGACCAGCUGAGACCCGCCUUGUCUUUCUUGAAGGGCCUGGGCUUCGUCGGGCCCAACUCCAUCACCUGCCAAACCACAUUGUUGUUGGUUUCCAGCGUCGAAGGUACCCUUUUACCCAAGAUUCGGUUUUUACAGAGUUUGGGGCUUUCGUACGAGGAUGUGGUCAACAUGGUGCUGAGAUCACCUGGGUUGUUGACGUUUAGUAUAAGAAAUAAUUAUACUCCCAAGGUGAAGUAUUUCUUGGAGGAAAUGAAGGGGGACCUCGUGGAAUUGAAGAGGUUUCCGCAGUAUUUCUCGUUUAGUUUGGAGGGAAAGAUUAUGCCCAGGCAUAGACUUUUGGUCUUUCACGGAUUUUCGCUUUCGUUGUCUGAGAUGUUAAAGGUUAGCGAUGGAGAGUUCAAUGCACGGUUGAUAGAGAUGAGGCUGCGGUCGGUCGAGGGCAGCUAAAAGAAUUUUGUUCAACUCUCUGGAGGGAGCAUAUUGUCAACUUCUGGGGUCAACAAGAAUGGGAGCGAUUCUGGUAAUUAUGCACCUGCAGGGAGCUGCCUGUACAGGGGCCUAUCUUUCUGGUAUUCAAAUUUUCAGUCGUUGACGUGAUAAGGACUGGAUGUGCAUGGCAAAUCAUGUUUUUGGAAAGGCUGCUUUAGAGUUUAAACAAUGACUGUUACUUUUCUGCAUCCAGGUAUUAGUGGAAAUUGUUUCCAAAAGGAGUGCAUAACCAUGUGUUUUGGUCUCUUCUGGAACUGCUGGUCAUACCUAUUUCUGCAAUAUCCUGCAUAUAGUGUAAUCUUUAUUAAAUUGUUACACUCUUAAGUCACCUCACGUUAAUUUGAAUUGCUCGGGUCCUUCUCUUGUUUUAUUUUAUAUGCGCCACUGCAUUAUGUCACAUAAUGAAAUGUGGGAAAACCAUGGCCUCACCCUGUAGCUAACAGAGUUAUGUAAAUUUGAUACAAUAAAUAAUGUUGCCAAAUUUUAUUGGCUGGAUGAUCCUA